CCAAGUUCUCUGAGUUUUGACGUUUUCUUCUCGUUUUUAUUUUAAGCUCGUAUUAAUUUUACUUCAAUGCGUCUAUCUUGCACCGUAAACUUGUGUUAUUAGAAUAUGAGAUUGUUUUAUAAUGGUUUCUGAAAUGUUUCUUGCUGAUUGGUUUGUGCAUAAUUUAACCGUUCACAACCAAUGAAAAUGUAAUCUUUUUGCUUUUCUGGUUUGUUAUGUUUUGGGUUCUUUAGUGGAGGACACGUCCUUUGAGAAAUGAGAUUUGAGUGCUUAUUACACAGUUACUGCUUCUAAUUUGAUGUUAUGAAACAACUUUUUAUUGGGUCCCAACUUGUUCAAUUUGCUACCUAGUAGUAAUAAAUCAAAAUGAUUUAGUCCCUUUUGGACCUUAGUUAUAACCAGAUGUCACUGUGUCUGGAUCCUAAAUUCAUCAGGCGCUGCUAUUGGGAUAGUUGAAAUCCAUGACAAUGUUAGACCGGGCUGGGAUUUUGUGAUGAUUUGUCUCUUUUUUUUUGAGAAACAUUCUGUGAUUUGUUUGGCACUGAAAUUUACUUUAUGAUUCAUUUAGAUGACGGGCCCUUGCAUUUGCUUGAGCAAUUAUUUUUUUUUUCUGUGGUUAAACAAAAUUCCGCAGUGUAACAGUACUCUUUUGUUGACGAAAAGCUAAGUCUAAUCGCGUUAUUCUAUCUUCUUAAUUGAUGACAGUAGAAAAAUAAAGCGUACCUCCUCUCGUUAGAAGAAUCAGUGACAUCAUUUAUAAUCCUAUAAUCUUAAUACGUAACGUAAUAAAUAUUAUCUGAAUGGAUUUAUUUAGAGCUAUAGGUUGUAUUAGUGUUGAAUUUUGUGGAAAUCUUGACGAAUCGGUUUUCUCUUUCUUUUUCCUCAUGUCAUGGCUGCUAGAGCUUAUGUAUGCAGUUCUGUCAUUAUACUUCAUAUGUAUUUUUUUUUUUCGGUUUUUGAGAUCUUGGCUUAUUCUUAUUGAAGCUGAAGGAGUUGUCACCGUUUGUUUGUAUACAAAUCUUUUGAUUAUUUUGACACACGGAGUGGUGUAGGGCUCCUUCCAAAUCGCUUCAAGAGAAAUCAAGUGCUGUGGUUAUGGAGGAAGGGUACCGUGGGACUAAUGACACUGAACUCAGACGAAGCGUAUCCAAUGAUCGAACAAGCAGAGCCACUUCUUCAUUAAGGAGGCGGUCCUUAAGUUUAUCACAUGUUCAGCCUUCUCAAAUAGAUGAUGACAAUGAAAGUGAAAGUGUGUCAGAGGCAGGAGAUAUUGGCGAUCGGGCUCUUCACAGCAACAGGCACAGUGAGAGUGGCAGCGUCUGCUUGUUUCCUUCAGAGGAUGUUCAACUGCAAUCCUAUGGAUUCUGGGGUCGUGACCCUGUUGCAUCCAAAGGAAUUUCCCCUGUCACUCCCUUGCCAGAGGAAAUCAUAUCUCCUCUUUCCACUGAUGCGAUGAUAUCCGAGGACCCAACACCCGAAAAUACAAUAAGGUUGCCAAAAUUCUUUGAAUAUGGUUCAUGCAUGACUCAUUUAGCAGUUUUUGGCAUUCUUGGGGUCUUAACGAGAUAUCUUCUGCAAAAAUUGUUUGGCCCUGGACUUGUAGGUGUAACAGGCGACGAAACCAUUCUCUACCUUGAUCUUCCUUCUAAUAUGGUUGGCUCUUUCUUGAUGGGGUGGUUUGGUGUUGUUUUCAAAGGAGAUAUAUCCUAUGUGUCAGAUUAUUUGCUCAUCGGAUUAUCAACUGGUUACUUGGGAAGCCUUACAACUUUCAGUGGUUGGAACCAGAAAAUGGUUGAACUCAGUGUUGAAGGACAUUGGGUUUUUGCUCUGCUCGGCUUUUUGAUAGGUUUGUUUCUUGUGGCCUACUCCAUCAUUUUUGGGGUAGAGACAGCAAGGGGUUUUAGGCAGAUUCUUGAGAGGAACUCAGUCUGUGGUAUUACCAGCUCUAGAAGGAGGUGGAGGGUUGACAGCUACAAGCGUCACUUGGUAGCUUUAGCAGUGUUGUUGCUGAUGCUAAGUUCUCUGUGGAGUAUAGGUGGAAUACAGUUAAGAGAGGAGUUUAACAGUAGCAGCAGCGAGGCGCAACUAUGGUUGGGUUGCAUAGUUGGACCUUUUGGUGUGUGGAUCCGGUGGUUCUUAGCCCGGCUUAAUGGACGUGGAUUAGGAAAGACGGGUUUGUUGAAAUGGGUUCCAUUUGGUACUUUAAUUGCCAAUGUUUCUGCAGCUUGUGUAAUGGCAGCCCUGUCUACUGUGAAGAAAGCAGUGAAUACUAGGACUUGCGACGUUGUUGUAACAGGCAUACAAUUUGGAUUUCUGGGUUGCCUGAGUACUGUUUCUACCUUCAUUGCUGAGUUCAAUGCGAUGAGAGAAAGCAAAUACCCUUGGAGAGCAUACGCAUAUGCCAUGGCUACGAUAUGCAGCUCGUUUGGUUUGGGAAUCCUGAUAUAUUGUGUACCCGUUUGGACAAGGGGAUACAAGUAGUAGCAUGCUCAGGCCAUUGUUUUGAUGUUUAUUCUGUGGUUAUGCCUCGGGGAUCAUGUUCGCCUAACCCGCGCGGUCUUCAGUAGGAUCGAAAACAUGACACCGUGGUGCUUCUUGAGUGUGUGGCAGCGUCUUGCGGGAGAGACACGAAAUAUAUCCUCAUCUAUCUAUCUCCGUCCUCUCGUGACGAUACAGAUGCAUGGGGGGUAUACAUCCCGUUUCAUGUAAAAUCACUCUCUCACUCUAUCACAUCAUACAAAAUCAUCCUAGCCGUUCAAUCUUAAGUCAUCUUUUGAGAUGAUUACACUUGUCAUGAGUUAUGACUCAAUGAAAUCUAAUAUAAGAGACCACAUGGACUAUGA